AUGUCGCUCUCCAAAGUCAAACACAUCGUUCUGGUGCUUUCAGGAAAAGGGGGUGUCGGCAAAUCAUCUGUUACAACCCAACUCGCGUUAUCUCUUUCUCUCGCAGGCCACUCAGUCGGCGUCCUCGAUGUCGAUCUCACGGGCCCGUCCAUCCCCCGCAUGUUCGGGAUUGAAGAUGCAAAAGUGACACAGGCGCCUGGCGGAUGGCUGCCCAUUACCGUCCAUUCAGCCGACCAAUCCUCGGGUAUUGGGUCGCUACGAGUCAUGAGUCUCGGGUUUCUCCUGCCACGCCGGGGCGAUGCGGUGGUAUGGCGCGGGCCGAAGAAAACAGCCAUGGUACGGCAGUUCCUGUCGGACGUGUUCUGGGACGAACUGGAUUACCUCUUGAUUGACACACCGCCGGGGACAAGCGAUGAGCACAUCUCGUUGGCCGAGACGCUGUUGCAGAAGGCGCGAAGCGAUCAGCUUGCCGGUGCGGUCGUCGUGACAACGCCACAGGCCGUGGCUACUGCCGACGUCAGGAAAGAACUCAACUUCUGUACAAAAACGGGCAUCCGUGUCCUCGGCGUUGUCGAAAACAUGAGCGGCUUCGUGUGCCCGAACUGCAGCGAAUGCACCAAUAUCUUCAUGAGCGGCGGAGGAGAGAUCAUGGCCAAGGACUUCAACGUUCGGUUUCUUGGGCGAAUUCCCAUCGACCCCCAGUUCUUGGUAUUGAUCGAAACUGGGAAGCAACCAAGGUAUCCCGAGGGCACAUCAGUCAAUGGACAGGAUAUAUCCUCGCCGCCGGAGGUCAUCGGCGGGGAUCAAGACACCCGGAAUUCCGCUCUCUUGGUGCAUAAAUACAAGAGUUGCUCUCUUGCCCCGAUCUUCGGCGCUAUCACAGCAGACGUCGUGGCCGAUGUCGCCGCUGCCGCACAUUAA